AUGUCCCACCUCGUGGUGCGCGGCAGACGGAUCAACUGGACUCUGGUACUGGUGCUGGGGUAUCUCUUUUACCUCCUCCUGGGGGCCAUGGUGUUCCAGCUGCUGGAGAAGCAGGCAGAGGCCCAGUCUCGGGACCAAUUCCAGCUGGAGAAACUCAAGUUCCUGCAGAACUACACGUGCUUGGACAAGCAAGCCCUGGAGCAGUUUGUGCAGGUCAUCCUGGAAGCAUGGGAGAAAGGGGUUAACCCAGAAGGAAACUCUACCAACCCCAGCAACUGGGACUUCAGCAAUUCUUUCUUUUUUGCAGGAACCGUUGUCACAACUAUAGGUUACGGUAACUUGGCCCCCAGUACGGUGGCUGGGCAGGUGUUCUGUGUGUUUUAUGCUUUGUUUGGGGUGCCGCUUAACCUGGCCUUUCUCAAUCAGCUGGGGAAAGGACUCAACGCACACCUGAUCACUCUGGAGAGAUGGGUGCACAAGCCAGGCCGUGCUCGGGUAGUGCAGACGCUGGCAUUGGCCCUCUUUCUGACUGCCGGGACCUUGCUUUUUCUAGUAUUCCCACCUAUGAUCUUCAGUUAUGUAGAAGGCUGGAGCUAUGGAGAAGGCUUCUACUUCACUUUCAUCACCCUCAGCACCAUUGGAUUUGGGGAUUAUGUAGUAGGCACAGAUCCUAACAAGCACUACAUCUCAAUGUACAGGAGCCUGGCGGCAAUUUGGAUUGUUUUUGGCUUGGCCUGGCUUGCUCUGGUCUUUAACCUGGGAGCUGACCUGAUGGAAAAAUUCCUUCAGCUAAAGUGGCACAAGCCUGGCACAGCAGAAGAAGCCAUUACCAAGAUGGAGGAUGACCCUGAUCAACCCAGAAUCCACAUACCGAGCUGA